AUUGGACCUGUCCAAUUUUGGAAAAGGGAAUUUACCAGUUGUUACGUAGCCGCGGGCUUAUAUCCGAACAACAAACCGGUUGUUAACCUUGCCAACUGUUUAGUAACAUCACCAUGCUAACCGAGUACAAAGUCAAGCUGAAGGGUUACUUAGAGUGGUGUAAAACAGCGAUACGCUUUGCAAAACUAUCACAAUUCAUCAACUUGAACAAGGAUGUAGUCUUGCAGCAUGUUCCAGAGCUAAUAAAUCCAGACGAGCUAAAAUCUCUCUUGAAAAAAGAUUUUAAUACUCAUGCAGCCAACAUACUUUCCAGUGCUUCUUUUGUAGCUGACGUUGGAAAUGUCAAUUGGGCGGAACUUGCUAAAGAUAAGCAAGCUUAUCAAGCUCAGAACAAUCACAAUAAUAGUGAUAAUCUUGAAGUCAGUUAUUGUACAAUCAACGAGGAUGGUGGCAGCAUCGUGGCGCACGACACAAAUUUGUUACAACCAUUGAAGGAGUACUUGGUGAAAAAGAAAAAGGGAGAUGGACUUCAUUUGCCCCCCCUUCCUCCCGCUGAUACCAAUGGCCUUCAAAAAGACUUAUUCCGUGCUUGUUAUGUCUAUCUACAAAUGGACAAAUUGACAAAAGCACAAGAAAAACAUUUACAGCUUGCAUUGUCUGCUGUUGUGAAUACAUUGAAAACUGACAAGGAAGUCAACAUGAAGAAGUACAUUGGUGAAAUCACUUUCAGCCAUUUGUCCAAUAUGAUCAAGAGCGAGAAUUUUCACAACGAAUGUGUAUACAACGACAAAGCGAAUGAUGCUGUAAAGCAAAUAUUUAAGGAGUAUGAAGAGGGGGGUAUCAUGGCCGUACGAAUCUAUAUAUCUGAAGAAAAGAUCAAGAUGUUGAAAGCUGGAGAAUAUGAUGGAAGCUCGGUUGUAUUGAAGAUUUACGAUAUCUUUUUAUAUAUAUUUGACAUGAUCCAAUUCGACUUCCAAAACAGACAUAGUUAUAUGAUGUCUGAGAAUGAAUCCUUUGCUCGGUGGCAAUAUGUUUUCCGUGUUCUUUUUCGGUGCACGAUUAUCCAAUGGUGAGAUCUUGUCCCAAGCCACAAGAGAAGAGAUGAAAGAGGAAAAUGGUGGUUUCGGGUGCAAAAUCGACAUGCUUACUCAUGGAAAGGAUGGAGAAGAGAACCGUGUUGAAUUGGCGUCAAACGAACACAAGAAAGCAAACGCUGAGUAUGAUCUCAUGUUCGAGCAACAAUCAAAAAACAUCUUGUCGAAUAUUUGUAUACUAUCACAACUGAAAAAAAGAUUUGGGGUGGAUAUAAGCGGUUCCAGCACUGUCACACCUCUGGCAAUGGAUGUAAUGGGGCUUCGUGGCUAUUUAUAUGGUGUCUAUAAGCAUGAAGAUGUCUUUGUUGCUG